GUCAUUACUGAUAUGCCCUAUAUUGUAAACGUGGCGGAGGUUUAUAGCCCGACUAUGUUGAUCAACAUGAUCUGAACGAUGUGAUCUCACAUAUCAUAUACAUUAAAUACGUAGUGCAUGAAAAAGCACAUUGUAAUUUUAAAGUGGUUUUUGGAGGCCAUCGGCCGCAAAAAUGGUACUCUUGGCAGCUGCUAUUUGUACUAAAAAUGGAAAAGCUUUACUUUCACGUCAAUUUGUUGAAAUGUCACGCUCUCGGAUAGAAGGCCUUCUCUCUGCAUUUCCUAAGUUAAUGAAUACAGAACAGCAACACACUUUUGUUGAAACUGAGAGUGUAAGAUAUGUUUAUCAACCAUUAGACAAGCUCUUUAUGCUACUUAUAACAACUAAAACAAGUAAUAUUUUAGAAGAUUUAGAAACUCUCAGAUUAUUUGCUAGAGUAGUACCAGAGUACUGUCGCGUUUUAGAGGAAAAUGAUAUAUUAGAAAACUCAUUUCAUCUCAUUUUUGCGUUUGAUGAAAUAGUUGCUCUCGGAUAUAGGGAAAACGUUAAUUUGGCACAGAUUCGAACAUUUAUUGAAAUGGAUAGUCAUGAAGAGAGAGUAAUUAUGGCAGUUAGAAAGACUCAAGAACUUGAGGCUAAAGAACAAAUGAAGAGGAAAGCUAAGGAACUUCAAGCUGCUCGUGUUUCUGCUGGAAAAAGUCGUACAUUUUUGUCUGGGUUUGCUGGAGGAAACACUGUUAAUCAGCAACCUCAACGAACUGAUAAUGUUCCAACAGUUGGCGAUCUUGCGCAGCCUCAAGAAAUAAGUGCUCCCAAGCAAACCUUUAAUUCAAGACCUACUGGCAAAGGAAAGGCAAUGAAGUUAGGUGGUAAAAACAAAGAUAUAGACGUGUUUGUUGAUAAGUUAAGAGAAGAAGGAACUGAGGUCAGCACUGCAGCAGCAUUGAAACCCACAUCAAAGGCUAUUCCACCUGUAGUAAACACCCCUCAAUCAAGUGUCCAUUUAAAGUUUGAGGAGAAGAUUACUCUCACUGCUGGACGACAUGGAGGUUUACAAAAUAUGGAGGUUCGUGGUUUAAUCAUGCUUCGCAUCACAGAUGCAGGAUUUGCAAAAAUUGAGAUUGUAGUCGAUAAUAAUUCUUCUAAAGAUUUUCAAAUGCAGACUCAUCCUAAUGUUGAUAAAAAACUAUUUACCCAAGAUGGUAUCAUUGGAUUAAAGCAAGGAGGAAAAGGUUUUCCUCUUAACAAUGAAAUCGGUGUUUUGAAAUGGAGGCUGCAAACCAAAGAUGAAGACCAAAUUCCUCUCACAAUAAACUGCUGGCCUAAUCAAAACGAUGGUGCAUGUGAUGUGACAAUUGAAUAUGAACUUCAGUCAAAAGGACUGGAAUUAAAUGAUGUCACUAUAUCUGUACCUGUACCUUCUGGUGUUGGCGCACCUAAUAUAGGAGAAAUUGAUGGAGAAUAUCAUUUUGAUGCAAAGAAAGGAGUUUUAGAAUGGAAGUUACCUGUUAUUGAUGCCUCAAAUCCAAAUGGUAGUUUAGAGUUCUCAAUGCCUAGUCAUCCUGAUGAUUUUUUUCCUGUUAAUGUAUCAUUUUACUCGACUAAAACCUUGUGUGACCUACAGAUCAAAGAAAUUCGCCAAUGUGAAAGUAAAUCACUUGUAAAAUUCACGCAAGAGCGCUCUUUAAUGGUAGACAAAUACGAAGUUGUUUAAACAAAGACUUGAAAGUUCUGCCACUUAAAAGUGUGAUUAGUUUGACUCGCUUAUCCGUAGUCAAUUUAUGCUUAAAUCAUCUUAGUGAUAUUUUCACAUUGUAAAUAAUUUUUAAAUUUAAAAUGCUGAUGCAAAAAUUUCGCAAAUGUUUUACGAGUAAAAAAAUCAAGUUGAUCUUUUGACCAUGAUUUACUACUUCGUAAUUUGUAUGAUAUAUUAGCUCAAUUAACUUAUAGAUCGUGUUUUUUAUUUUUGGUGGGAAGGUUAAGAGAUUAUUUUAGAGUAACAUCGGCUUUUAUAUGUAUUUACCCGUUUGUACCUUCACAUUAUGACCUAGAUUAAAAUUAUUUAUUUUAAA